GUUUGCCAGUGACUUACCGCCACCCACAGUUUGUUAACUUUGCUCAGGUAUAAAUUCACACAUGUCAACGUUAAGAUGACUAUCAGGUCCAAUUCACUACUUUUAGGCGGAAGACUGGAUUUAUACCCACACCCUCUAUUCUUGCAUUCAACACCAGCAUACUAAAAAUGUCGAAAACCACCAGUGAAAAGAAGAACGUGGUCAUUGUCGGCGCUGGAUAUUCUGGUACAGCAGUUGCAAGUGGCCUCUCAGCCAAACUUGACGCUGAAAACUACAACGUCAUCCUAAUCAACCCUCGUUCUUUCGCCAUUUCGCUCCCAGUCUGUGUCCGGAUCGUUGUUUCUGGGGAACAGAAACUUGAAGAGACCUCCUUUGUUCCUCUUGACAGGCUCUAUACUAAUGACAAUGGUGAGACGAAGGUCGGUGUCGUGUCACGCAUUGAACAGGCAGAGGAUGGCGAGGGUGCUGUGCUUCUCACGAGUGGAGAACGCGUGCCUUACGCAGUCCUCGUUCUUGCAUCUGGAUCGCUAUGGAAUGGUCCAAUGAAUAUACCACUACCUGAAGAUGAAGUGAUGCCCCACGUGCAUCUAUGGCGCAAGAAAUUCGAACAAGCCCAGAAUAUUGUACUCGUCGGCGGCGGUGCUGUUGGUGUUGAGUUGGCAGGCGAACUGAGAGAUACCCACCCCACUAAAAAAAUUACUAUUGUUCAUGGUGGCAGCCAGCUUCUCAACCCAACAUACCCUACGAAGAUGUGCCAGGGCCUCGAGGAACGUCUCCGUACACGGAAUGUAGAACUUCUUUUCAACGAGUACAUAGAUGAAAUACCCGCGGAAGGUACUAUUGGCGUAAUAACGCGUAGCGGCAAAGUGUUACAGAAUGCUGAUCUAGUGGUUAAUACCCGCGGUCCGCGUCCCAAUACCGAAUUUAUCACGUCUAUUGGAGGAGAUACACUUAAUGGCCAGGGCUUUGUCAAGGUGAAAUCGACAUUCCAGCUGCUUGCACACGAAAAUAUCUUCGCUGCUGGUGAUAUCAUCGAAUGGAACGAGCAGAAACAAGCUGCGAAGACUAAAGCACACAGUGAAGUUGUCAUCGCCAAUGUCUUAAGUUACCUUGCGGAUGCACCGACCACGAAAGAGUACAAAGGCAGCACGGAGGUAAUAAUAGUAUCCGUUGGAAAGAAUGGUGGAAUGGCAUACUUUGGUUACUUUGGAGGGUUUACCCUGGGAGACUGGUUUGCCAAAUUGAUCAAGUCCAAGAACAUGAUGGUACCUAUGUGGCGAAAAUGGUUGGGCUAUUGAGUAGAAGCGUUUUGAUCCUUGAACUUUCUUCUCCGCGGGAAAGAGGAUGUUGUAUGAGGUGUUCUCUUUCCGGGUCUACUCUAUGUGUACUUUCUUCUUAACUUCGCAUGUUCCAUUCUUGCAUUGCUGCUGACUUGUGCCCCAUGUUGGUCGCAUAUCCCUAUACCGCUAUAUACCUGUACAUAAGGUUAUUGUGAGGUUCCUUACUCCAUUAGCUGCGUUCAGAGUGUAAGCGAAGCCAGGGGAAAGUCCUCCAGAGAGGAUUUUUAGACUAACGAAGCGAGUCCCCUGGCGUUCGGU